AUGACGUCGCCGCGUGCACAUCCAACCGCCACGACUGCCCCGUCAUCGCCUGCACGUCCCGCCACUGCGAUUGCACCGCCGUCGCCCACAAUUUCCGCCGCCGUGACUGCACCGCUGUCGCCCGCGAUUUUUGCCUUCGCGACUGCAUCAUCGCCGCCUCCGAUUCCCGCCAACGCGACUGCGCGUCGCCGCCUGCGCAUCCCAUG